CUCAGGAAGGCCACCUCCUCCUGCCCUCCCCCGCCGUGUCACCACUCACCGCAUAGCCUCCAGGGGGUGGGGACCCCAGCCUGGACACUCCCCACUGUGGCCCCAGACCUCAGCCGGCCAGACAGACGUUCAGUUGGACGCAGGGCCCCGGAGCCCAAGGUGGGCGGCACGCCAGGGUCCCUCGUGGCCUCUCAAGCCCCGUCCAGACCAUGGGUGUCAAGACUGCGCUGCCCGCUGCCGAGCUGGGCUUCUACUCUCUGGUGCUGAGUGGGGCCCUGGCCUUCGCCGCCCGGGGCCUCCUGGAGGCAUCCCAAGAAGGGGCCCACAGGAAGUCCUUCCGGCAGUCUGUACGACCUGGCUGGGAGUACAUCGGUCGGAAGAUGGACGUGGCUGACUUUGAGUGGGUGAUGUGGUUCACCUCCUUCCGCAACGUCAUCCUCUUUGCCCUCUGUGGACACGUGCUCUUUGCCAAGCUGUGCACCAUGGUUGCCCCCCAGCUACGCUCCUGGAUGUAUGCGGUGUACGGAGUCCUGGCUGUGGUGGGCACCAUGGGCCCCUGGUACCUGCUGCUGCUGCUCGGCCACUGCGUGGGCCUCUACAUUGUGUCCCUCCUGGGCCAGCCCUGGCUCUGCCUUGGCCUUGGCCUGGCCAGCCUGGCCUCCUUCAAGACAGACCCCCUCAUCUCCUGGCAGAGUGGGUUUGUAACGGGCACUUUCGACCUCCAAGAGGUGCUGUUCCAGGGGGGCAGUGGCUUCACGGUGCUGCGCUGCACCAGCUUCGCGCUGGAACGCUGCGCAUACCCCAGCCGCCGGUACUCACUGGCUGACCUGCUCAAGUACAACUUCUACCUGCCCUUCUUCUUCUUCGGGCCCAUCAUGACCUUCGACCGCUUCCACGAGCAGGUGAGCCAGGCGGAGCCAGUGCGGCCUGAGGGGGAGUUGUGGCGGAUCCGCGCGCAGGCGGGGCUCAGUGCGGCCGCGGUCGCAGCCGUCGGCGUCUUCUUCCACUUCUUCUACAUCCUCACCGUCCCCAACGACCUCAAGUUUGCCGCCCGCCUCCCAGACGGCGCGCUCGCUGGCCUGGCCUACGCGAACCUGGUGUACGACUGGGUGAAGGCGGCUGUGCUCUUCGGCGUUGUCAACACCGUGGCGCGCCUGGACCACCUGGACCCGCCGCGGGCGCCCAAAUGCAUCACAGCGCUCUACGUCUUCGGGGAGACGCACUUCGACCGGGGCAUCAACGACUGGCUGUGCAAGUAUGUGUAUGACCACAUUGGCGGGGAGCACUCGGCUGUGAUCCCGGAGCUGGUGGCUUCUGUGGCCACCUUUGCUGUUACCACACUGUGGCUUGGGCCCUGUGACAUCGUCUACCUGUGGUCCAUCCUCAACUGCUUUGGCCUCAACUUCGAGCUCUGGGUCCAGAAGCUGGCAGAGCAUAGGCCUCUGGCUCAGGUGGAGGCCUCCCUGUCUGGGCAGAUGAGCCGCCGGGUGCGGGCCCUCUUUGGAGCUGUGAACUUCUGGGCCAUCAUCAUGUACAACCUUGUGAGCCUGAACAGCCUGGAGUUCACAGAGUUGGUGGCUCGGCGCCUGCUGCUCACAGGGUUCCCCCAGACCACGCUGGCUGUCCUGUUUGUCACCUACUGUGGAGUCCAGCUGGUGAAGGAGCGUGAGCGCGCCUUGGCGCUGGAGGAGGAGCUGGGCCAGGACAAGGAGAAGCCAGAGUGAGGGCAAGGGCCCGACCCAAGAAUAAAGCCUUUUUUACCACAUG